AUGGUACAGUACAGUACUACAACCCUUGUUCUUUACCUUAGUUUUCCGUAUCUGUCUGUUUCUUUUCUUAAUACGCAAUUAGUGACUUCUGACAUACGCCGUCGAUUAUUGGAUGUCGUAAAAAAAGCGCGCUAUGUUGGUAUUCAAGGAACUCAAUUCAACACAUACGUGACGCUCAAGUUGCAGAAUGUCAAGUCGACAACGGUGACAGUCAAGGGUCCGACUCCAUGUUGGGAGCAAGACUUCCUUUUUGAAAUAAACGACAUCAACUUGGGCCUCCUGGUGGAAGUUUGGAACAAAGGGGUCAUCUGGGACCGUGCUUUAGGCUACCACUACCUACCACUCACAUCCGUCGCUUAUGACGAGCAAGAGUGCGGCGGGCGCUGGGUGGAAUUGGAGGCUCAGUUGAUGAUGCGCGGUGGUGCCGUGGUCGGAACUACCGGACCCACGGGCCAUGCGCUGCUCCUCGACUGCAGAUUUGAACCGCCUUUUGGUGAGUCGUAG